GCGGAGAGUUAUAGUGUCGUAUACACAUCUUUUUUUUUGUUCACAGACCCAUCGUCCCCGACUUCGCAUCUCCCGAUCCCCGUGGACUUUGACUCUCUCCCCGUCUCUCCGCUUCUCCAUCGUCUUCCUCUUUUCAACGAUUCUCGGAUACAACAAUGGACGAGGCCCUUCUCGAUGACAUCAUCAAUCGGCUUCUGGAGAUCCGAGGCCGACCCGGCAAGCAAGUUCAGCUGUCGGAGUCCGAGAUCCGACAGCUCUGUACUUACUCCAAAGAAACUUUCUUGAAACAGCCCAAUUUGUUGGAGCUCGAAGCCCCCAUCAAGAUUUGCGGUGAUAUUCAUGGUCAGUAUUCAGAUCUGCUGAGGCUAUUUGAAUACGGCGGCUUACCACCGGAUGCAAGUUACUUGUUCCUUGGAGAUUACGUGGACCGAGGCAAGCAAAGCCUCGAGACCAUCUGUCUUCUCCUUGCGUACAAAAUAAAAUACCCCGAGAAUUUCUUCCUUUUGCGCGGAAACCACGAGUGCGCUUCUAUAAACCGUAUAUAUGGGUUUUACGACGAGUGCAAGAGAAGGUUUAAUGUCAGGCUAUGGAAAGUAUUCACGGAUUGUUUCAACUGCUUACCGGUGGCAGCCCUAAUCGAUGAAAAAAUUCUGUGUAUGCACGGUGGGCUCUCGCCUGACCUUCAAAAUUUGGAUCAGAUUAGAAACAUGCAUCGCCCGACCGAUGUGCCAGACACGGGUUUGCUGUGCGAUCUGCUUUGGUCCGACCCGAGUAAAGAUAUUCAAGGAUGGGGGAUGAAUGAUAGGGGAGUUUCCUACACAUUUGGAGCCGAUAAAGUUGCCGAGUUUCUCGAGAAGCACGACUUGGAUCUCAUCUGCCGUGCACAUCAGGUUGUGGAGGACGGGUAUGAGUUCUUCGCAAACCGACAACUUGUGACGAUAUUCUCCGCGCCUAACUACUGCGGAGAGUUUGACAAUGCAGGCGCUAUAAUGAGCAUCGACGACACCCUUAUGUGUUCAUUCCAAAUCUUGAAGCCCGCCAAUAAGAAACCCGAGUUCGGAUUCGGGACCAAAGGCAGUAACCCAUCAAUGGGUCUUAACAACGUCUUUGGAAGCUCAGCCACUGUAAAACCAGGCGGUUCGCCCGCUGGUAUCAAGCCGUUCCUUGGAGCAAAGGGAUGAAAUUUAAGAGAGAGACUCCACAGUCCACAGUCGCCAUUGAAGACAAAGCCGAGGUUUUUUUUUUUCCUUCACUGAUUAGUACAGAUAAUCUUUGUAUAUGUGUAUGUAUUUGCCUGUUUUCAGAAACCGUAGAAAUGGAUAUAACGAAAAGAGUUGGUAUU